UCACAUGGAAUUCCUUCGCGAAGCCGAUCACAUACUGGUGUUGAGUGAGGGAAGGGUUGUUGAGUCGGGCGGUUAUGACGAGUUGGCUGAGAGGGGAGUGCUUUCCGACCACGAGUUCAAUGAGUCGAACAAUCAGCCCAAAGGAAGUGGGGAUCAGAUGUCGAGACAGACCUCUCGAGUCAGUGAAAGUGAUUCAAUAGGAAAGAUAUCGAGACAAACAUCGAGACAGAUAUCCAGGCAUUUAUCGACUCAAGUAUCACAUAAGAGCGAUACGACUGAACCGAAGACCUUAAAGGAUAAAAUGGAAAGAGAAGCCGAAAAUAGUCAACUGAUUGACGAGGAGUCCCAAGAGUUUGGAUCCAUUAAAUUCACUGUUUAUUUGGAUUAUUUGAGACGAAUUCCGCUGUUUUUCGUAUUAUUUCCUCUAAUGUGUGCCGUUUUGUUCAAUACGUGUGAAGUCGGCGCUAACUAUUGGCUAAACAUCUGGACGUCACAGAACUCAACACUAAUUGAAGACAAAUCCAACAGAAAUUACUUCUUAAGUAUUUAUCUGUCGGCUAUUGUUUUGGACGCCGUGUUAGUCCUUAUAAUGCAAGUUGUCAUGCGAUACGGAGCUAUCAAAGCCUCGGAAGUACUACACAAAGACAUGUUGUAUUGCAUUCUGCGAACCCCUCUGUCCUUCUUCGAUGUGACCCCUUUGGGACGAAUCAUAAACCGAUUUAAUCGCGACUUCGAGCAGAUUGACGAAGAAAUACCAUUUUGUAUGAGUGAAACCACUAUGACUUUCAUAUGGUUUCUGCUUAUUCUUGGUGUCAUUAUCUACACGAAUGCCUAUACGGCUAUUCUUAUAAGAAUCUAUUUGUGGACUUCAAGACAGUUAAAUCGUCUCAAUUCCAUCACUCGGUCACCGAUUUAUAGUCACUUCAAUGAAAGCAUUUCCGGUGCCGUCUCUAUCCGUGUCUACAAAGUGCAGCAAUUGUUUACCGAAAAGUUGCAGAAUUAUAUUGAUGUCAACACUAAUGUUGAGAGACAUAUGAUUGAUAUUUGGUCGACAAUCAUAGGAAUGUUGAUUACAUUCUCGACGGCAUUAUUUGUUGUCCUCGAGAGGGGGCACAUCACUCCAGGAUUGGCUGGUUUUGUGCUCAUCUAUUCGGUUGAUGUCAUUAACAGUAUUUCAUGGGCUCUAAGAAUGGCUGCGGAUCUCGAGACAGAAAUGGUUUGUGUGGAGAGAGUUAGAGAGUACUCGCAAUUAGAGUCAGAAUAUAGUUGGGAAUCAACGGAUGCUAACAAACCCUCUGAUGUCUGGCCCACCGGUUCUUCCAUAGAGUUCAUUGAUUACAGCGCUUCCUAUAGACCAGGACUUGAACCGGUGCUCAAGAAUUUGAACUUUAGGGUAGAGUCGGGAGAAAAGGUGGGAAUAGUUGGCCGGACGGGCGCCGGGAAGUCGUCGAUCACUUUGGCGUUGUUUAGGAUAAUAGAGCCGACAUUCGGACAGAUAGUGAUCGAUGGCGUGGAUGUGACUCGUAUUGGUUUACAUGACUUGCGGUCGAAGUUAACAAUUAUA